AUGCACCGUCUGCCCUCAAUACUUAUAUGUUUAUUAACAAAAACAGCAUUUGCUAGUUUUAUAGAGAGUAAUUCAGGAUGGCAUGGAGUUAUGAAUUAUGGCUCCAAUGUCAAUGAUGCACAAAUUCAUCAAGAUCUCUCUUCUUAUGGAUCGAUUUCUUCUCAUGGAAACAAUGGCGAUUUUCAUGUAGAAUUAAGUAAAAAAUUAAACAAUAUGGGAAAUAUUCAUACAUUUGCUCAACCUGUAUCAAUCAGCGAACACGUGGAAAUUACAAAACCAGUGGUAGUGCCAAUCGUAAAAAAUAUUGGAGUUCCAGUGGCACAGCCCGUGACAAUUCCCGUACCUCAUCCUGUAGCAGUAACCGUCGCUCAGCCAUAUCCUGUUCAAGUUCCAGUAGCUCAGCCUAUUCCCGUACCGAUCGUGAAAACCAUAGCGAUUCCGGUGGAGAAGAAGGUGCCGUAUCCGAUAGAGAAGAUCGUACCAGUACCCGUAGAAAAGCUGAUGCCAAUAACUAUAGAGAAGCAUGUGCCUAUUCCAAUAGAAAAGCCAUAUCCGAUUCAUAUACCAGUCUACAAACAUAUUUUCCAUCGGAGGACGAGGAAAUAUCGUCGCGGUCGAAUAUAUUAAGAAAAGUGCUAUUUUUAGUAUUAGAUGAGACUUCAAAGAGACACAAAUAAUUUUAGCUUCAUGAAGCAUAUUCGAAAACCGGAUGACGCUGAGUGUGAUACCGGUAGCAAUGAUUCUUCUCUCGAAUAAAUGUUACUAAACAAGAGAUUCGUCGUUGAUAAUACGAGAGAACUAUGUUUAUUUUUUCAUCCGCGUUUCCUUAUAACGCCAAUUUUGUUAUAGUUGUUAAUGUAUGUGUUCU